GUCAGUCACGUGCACCUCUCAUCUUGUCUGAUAAAAGACUUCCGUGUUCAAAAGAAGACAAUGCCUUAUAUAUAUAUAUAAUCCUUUCCGGAACCAUCAGUAAGGUGUAAGGCCUGCAAUAGGUGCAUGGAUAAGCAAAUUGUGUACAUCUAGACAAUGGAAUACUCAGAAAUUUUUUAAAAAGGAAUGAAUGAUUGAUAUACAUAACCAUCGUGAAAUAAUCAGGCUGAGUAAAGGAAGCCAGCCAAAGAAGAUUCCGUUUGUAUAAAAUUCUUAAAAAAUGCAAAUUAACAGAUGGUGGGAGAAAGUAGAUCAGUGAUUGUUGAGAACAGGCAGGAGCGGAUGAGGGGGGCCUGCGGGAGGGAGUCCUCAGGGGUGUGAGGACGCUUGCGGUGGAUAAUGCGUUCAUGAUUGUAGUGGUAGUUUCACAGGUCUGUGCGUGCCAAAACUUAUCAAAUUAUGCCCUCUAAACAGUAUGUGCAGACUGUAUGUUUGUUCCACCUUAAUAGAGCUGUUUUAAAAUGUGUAAGAAGAGACUUGGAUGUCAUUUGCCUUUGAUUUCUGAAGGCUGCCUUUAGUCAUGAGCAGCCCUACGAUGUUCUCUCAGAGGAGUUUGCUCACUAAAUCAUUAAGUCUUCCCAGGAUUUACAAACAUGAGGUGUGUACAAGCAAAUAAAAUGUGUUAACUAAUAAGAUACGCAGGAGGGGGCAGGUGGCGCCUGGGUGGCUCAGUCAGUUGGGCAGCUGACUCUUGGUUUCGCUCAGGUCAUGAUCUCGGUGUCCUGGGAUUGAGCCCCGCAGUGGACGCCACGCUGAGCUCGAGUCAGCUUGAGAGUCUUUCUCCUGCUCCUCUUGCCCCUCCCCCCCCACUCACACUAUCUCUUAGUAAAAUAAAUAAAUAAUAAGAUAAGCAGGCACAACUUAUUUUGUACUAUGUAACUAAUAGAAGAAAAUAUGCUUAACUCCGUAAAACUGUCUUCUUCCAGAAACCUCCAGCACACAUUACACAUAUGGGCAAAGUGCCAUCAGUCUUCUCAUUAAAGUCAUGAAGAAGUCAAAGGUACCUACAAGUACUGCUACUUUUCAGUAUUUACAGAUCUUCCUGGCCAAUGAAAUAAGACCAAGGCAAGGAAGCAUCUUGGACUUGGAAAGGUACAGAAAGUAAACCGACAAGUGUGACUAUUUAUAGACCAUAUGAUCAUCCGCCUAGAAAACCCAAGAGGAUCAGUAGAAAGACUACUAGAAUUAACGAGAGAAGUCAGCGGGGAGGCCAGAUAGAGUACCCUUAGCCUUCCUAUGCACCAAAAUAACUACUUAGAAACUUGAAGUGGGGAAGUAUUUACAAUGCAAAAACAGAUCCAUAAAAUACUCAGAAAUAAACCUAUCAAAAAUGUGCAGGACCUGUUUGAGGAAAGUCUUCAAAAUCUACCAAAGAGAGGCUCUCAAUGAACACGUAUUUCAUGUACUGAUUGGGAAGACCCAGUGUUGCAAAGAUGUUGGAAAAGUAGUCCCUUGAAACCCGCAGAUGUUACCACGUCACAGUCCUUCCUUCUGGGAAGCUAUUGGGAUUUUUUUUCUUGUUAAAGAGACCAGUUGCAUCAGUAGCUCGUAGAAAAUAAUUGCUUGGGGCAUCUCCUGCUCCCGGCACCUUUGUUUGGAGGCUGUGCUGGCUCAUCCUUGCCCCUCAGUGUCCUGAAUGAAGGGAAACCAUCGUGUCUCUGCUGCAAUGGCGCAGAUGCCUGGAGGAGCCCCAGGUUUCCACCCUAGGGGCAUUAAAGGGGGCUUGUCUCCCCACGACGUGAGCUGGACAGAUGUCUGUCUCCACCCUUUGAACAAGUGAGCCGCCUCAGUGCGGGCAUCCUGGACUGCUCCGGCUGGGCACUGUGGACGGGAGUUGUGAGCGUUGUUCCGGCUGUGGAGGAAAGGACGCUAAACACUUGACUGCGUCUCUCUUGCACUCUUGGAGCUACAUCCUGGAUAAAGGGCUACUCCAGAGGAUUCAUCCUGAUUUGGCAGCCCAUGCGAUCUGAGCGGACGGAGAUGCGGAAACGGCAGAUGCCUGCAGCCCAGGAGACCACGGACUCCACGCCAGGCCAGCCCGGGGCGGGGGACCGCGGGUCCAACACCUGCUGCUUCUGCUGGUGCUGCUGCUGCAGCUGUUCCUGUCUUACUGUUAGAAACCAAAAAGAACAGAGACCCAGGAGGCCCUCCCAUGAACUCAGACGAGAAGAGCUUCCAACCUGUGAAGAAAGCCCAAGUCCCACUCUGGAGGAGGUCAACGCCUGGGCUCAGUCCUUCGACAAGGUAAUGCUUACUCCAGCGGGAAGGAAUGCUUUCCGGGAAUUCCUCCGGACAGAAUUCAGUGAAGAAAAUAUGCUUUUCUGGAUGGCAUGUGAGGAACUGAAAAAAGAAGCUAAUAAAACCAUCAUUGAAGAGAAAGCAAGGAUAAUCUAUGAAGACUACAUUUCUAUUCUUUCUCCUAAAGAGGUCAGCUUGGACUCCCGAGUAAGAGAAGUCAUCAACAGGAACAUGGUGGAGCCAUCCCAACACAUAUUUGAUGAUGCACAACUCCAAAUCUAUACCUUAAUGCACAGAGACUCCUAUCCCCGGUUCAUGAACUCUGCCCUCUACAAAGAUCUGCUUCAGUCCUUAGCUGAGAAAUCGGUUGAAGCAUAGGAUGUUAUCAAAUAUAUUUAUUAUUAAUAAAAUAAUAAAAAAACUGAUGGACUACAUCUAGUACAGGGAACUUAGAGGUAGUAGUACCUUCUGCUAGAGUAAUACUUGGGCUGUUUUAAUAAACAGAUGCUUGCUUUUACAGAAGACUAUAUAUUCACAGUGUAAACAGUGGCCACCUGUAGUGAUACUUUUGAAAAAAAAAAACGGGGUAUGGCUAUCUUAGAAAAAGAUAGGAUAUUUACAUUUACGGUCAUCGCAGCAUGUUGUCAAUGGCAAAGGACACUCUAGAAGACUCUCUACUGCCUGGGGCGUGCACGUCCUCUGGAGCCAACCAGACCGCCUUUGUUUUGCAUGAGUGCAGUUAUCUGAUGACUCUCCUCCCAAGGAAAAGGCGUUCAAGUGUUUCUUAGCUACUCCUUCCUUCCGUCCAGCUGUUUUGAGUAUUUUGCUUCUCAGUGCCACCACAGGACCCAAAUUCCCAUUUUAUAAAGAUGUGUCACCACUACUCAUAAAAAUGGAAUUUCACUUUUAUCUUAGAAUCCGUGUAUGUAUGUGCACGUGUGUCUGUAACGGUUAAUGAAAGUCCUGUGCUCUUAAGUGGAUCGGUCGCACCUGUUUGGUAAGAGAAGUAGUGUUUAGAAAAUUCUUUUGUUGAAAAGUUAGCAUGAUUUUAUUAUCAGAAUCUGCCAACCUAAAGAAUGAAUUUUUAAUUCACAACUUAGUCGCGUUCGUAACAGAACUUUGAAAUGAGCAUAUUUCCAUUUUUAUUAUUCAAAGAAAUACAGGCAUUUUCAGUCUAAA